CCAAUGAAAACCACUGAAAAGAGAAUAUAAUCGGAGUCAAUUUUGAACAUCGGAAUCUGACGUAUAAGGGAAAUGAUGUCGUGUUUAUACAUGUCCAUCAUCGUACGCUCAACUGAACGGUUCAUGUUAUUAUAGCAGGAUGGCCGCCAAGAACAACCUGUUCACCGACAAGGAGACUAUAAAUUGGUUCAAGGCGUCCAAAGCACUCAAUGUGGCGAAGCAAGGACUUACUGACUUUCUUGACAAACAAUUACAGAAUGUACACGCCGCUCUUGGUAAAUGUUGUGGAAACUGCCCGAUCGAAACACUCAUACCAUGUCCCACAAACCCAUAUUGUAACAAGAGGAAACGAAAUUAUUGUCCUUUUCACAAAUCACAGAAACCACAGCCAUGUCCAACAUGUGAUCACGUAAAACAGAAUAUCAUAUUACAGCACAGAUACAGGGGGCCGUCCUGGAGAAACACUCGUGCGGAAAACUGGGCACAAGACUAUUGGGAAAUAGGAAAAUGCUUCCUCCCUCCAGACGGAUAUAGCCAUGUUUGCUCGGUCCAGGAAUCAGACUUCAAUGGCGUGAUAAGCAUUAUGUUGAAUUGCCUACACUUCCAGACAUGUCUCUCUUCAUCAUGUCUAUCACCUCCACCGCCUGAUAAACAAUGUCCACUAGAAAAGGUCCGUCAGAUCGGCCGAGAUAUACGUCACACAUCCGACAACAAGGUUACAGAUGCUGACCUACAGGACUAUUUCCAGACCCUAUCCACGCUACUGGCUGAUCCAAACUGCUUACAACAUGAUCCCUCAGCAACCAUUGCAUGCACGAGACUUAGAGAUAUUCAGUUGCAGAAUGAUCACAUGUCCAUCGAAGAAUUGGAAGAAUACGAACGAGGCAAAGCAGGUAAGUUAAACAGGUUUGUUUCCUUAUACAUGUACUUAUUAUUAUCGCAAAACGAAAGCGAACCCUAUUUGGAAACAAAUAUGGACACGUGA